AGUCGGUCCACUACUCGAUUUAAGACGGCUUAGCGCCCCUCAUCGGAAGGCGUUCUUUUAUCCUUGGCUGGUCGCCUCGCAUCUCUUGAUUUGCUUCCUUCGUGAUCGGUUCGGAACGAUGAGGCCUGUUUUCGUUGGAAAUCUGGAGAGCGAUACUCGCCAUUCCGAUCUCGAUCGGCUUUUCUCCAAGUAUGGAAGGGUAGAUCGCAUCGACAUGAAGUCUGGAUAUGCUUUUGUUUAUUUUGAGGAUGAGCGUGAUGCUGAAGAUGCCAUUCAUAGGCUUGAUGGUAUACCUUUUGGUUAUAGUAGACGCAGGCUGUCAGUCGAGUGGUCAAAGCAGGGAGGACGUGGACCAAGGGAUCGUGAUGGUUCCAGGCCAGCAGCAAACACGAGGCCUACUCGAACUCUUUUUGUUAUCAAUUUUGACCCAAUUCAUACAAGGGUCAGGGACAUUGAAAGGCAUUUCGAAUCUUAUGGGAAGAUUUUAAAUGUUCGGAUCAGAAGGAACUUUGCAUUUGUUCAGUUUGAAACCCAGGAGGAAGCCACAAAAGCCCUUGAAUGCACCAACCUUAGCAAGAUAUUGGAUAGGAUGGUAACAGUUGAGUACGCCUUUAGGGAUGAUGAUGAUGGUGAUCAUGGUGACGUGCGUGAUAGCCGAGGUGGUUAUGGGAAGCAGGACGAUAGGGCAUAUGGACGCUCUGACAGCCCAGGAUACCGAAGGGAUCGACCUAGUCCUGAUUAUGGACGUGCAAGGAGUCCUGUCUAUGACCGAUACAAUGGUCCUUCGCAUGAUAGGAGUCCGGAGUAUGGUCGUUAUCGAAGCCGCUCUCCUCCUGGUCGAAGAUCGAGGACUUGAAGAUCAUGCAGGGGAUGUGAAUGAAGAAAUUUUGUGCUGGUUCUGUUGUUGAUUGCACUUGUCGUUUUUAGACAUCCUAAAUAUUAUGCAUAUGAUACUGCAUAGAAUGUCAUGGCUAGAUAUUAGUUUCUUUACUUAAAAUCUGAUGAUUGUUAUGUUGGGUGACUCUUUGCUGGCAACUUGUUCAGUGUAUUAGCUGUUUUAACCUCUUGGAAUGCUGGUAGCAUUUAUAUUUGCCCGUUUAA